AAUCUCAAAUGGAAGGGAUUAAUCCAUCUCUUAAUCCUCCAUCUAAAACUCCUCAUACUGUAGAUGAAGUCAUUUGAAUGCUGCUGGUGCAACAUGUGAACAAGAGGGAGGAGAGAGAGAGAGAGAGAGAGAGAGAGAGAGAGAGAGAGAGAGAGAGAGAGAGAGAGAGAGAGAGCGCUACUGAAAAGAAAUAGAGAGGGGGAUUAAAAGGGUGGAUCCGUGUGAAGAGAAAGCAACAGCGAUGCUGCUGCUGCGAAGAGAAUCACCAGUAAGCUGCUUCCAGUAGAAAGCUCAGUUUGGUUUGGUUAGUUUGUUUUUGAUUGGUGACGUCUUUUGACUUUGGAUGGUAUAGAGACGGGUGCAGUCGGUCAGGAUCGCUCAUGCAUGGAUUAGAGCCGUUUACUUUUUGUCUCUGUGGUAUCAAUUAUGAAGACUGAUAACCAGCAUGGGACACAAGUUUCCACCAAAGUCAGAGCUCUAACCUGAGCUGGACCUCUGAGAAGUCCAGAGAGAGGAGAGCAGAGAGAGAAGAGAUAAAAACAGACAAAUAAGAUCAGAGAAAGAAAAAAGAUUUUUGGCAGCUGUUGACCAGAGAAGGUUGGGUAAUGGGCAACUGCACCAAUCCGAAAGACAAAAUGAAGAAGGGAGUAAUGGAUGGGUCCCUCAGGGGUAAGGUGAGGGCAGUGGGCCAGGAGGGAGAAGAGGAUCAGGACGUGGAGGAUAAGCCGUUCAACGAUCCCUUCUGUAUGCUGGUGAAGAACUGCAACAUGCUGCACAACAUCGUGGGCCCGGCCUGCAUCUUCCUUAAACAUGGCUUUUCACAGACACUCGACAGAGAGCUGAGACCAGAGGAACUUGACGAGCUCCGCGAGGCGUUUGUGGAGUUUGAUAGAAAAAAAAAAGGCUACAUCAGUCACAACGACCUGGGGGAAUGUAUGAGGACCAUGGGAUACAUGCCGACAGAGAUGGAGCUCAUCGAACUGAGCCAGCAGAUCUGUGGAGGUAAAGUGGACUUUGAGGACUUUGUGGAGCUGAUGGGACCCAAGUUGCUGGCAGAGACAGCAGACAUGAUCGGAGUCAAAGAACUACGAGAUGCAUUCAAAGAGUUUGACUCUAAUGGUGACGGCCAGAUCAGUUUAACUGAGCUACGUGAAGCCAUGAAGAAGCUGAUGGGAGAACAAGUGACCAACAGAGAGAUUAACGAGAUCCUCCGAGAUGUCGACCUCAACGGAGAUGGUCUGGUGGACUUUGAGGAGUUUGUUCGAAUGAUGUCCCGCUGA